UUUUCGACCAGUAACAAAAGCAAAACAUGUUUAUUGUAAAGGAUUGGGAAUAAUUGUGUUAAAUAUUUCCAACAUUAUUUUCUACAGUUUGUGCGAUACAGGCAAUAUUUGAUGAUAUCAUGGCUGAAAACAAUGUGGAUGAAACGGUACAAGAGGAGUAUUUCAGAAGCUAUGGGAAUAUUGGGGUUCAUGAAUUGAUGAUUAAAGACAAGCCAAGGACCCUGGCCUACAAACAGUUUAUGGAAGAAAAUGUUAAUCUUAUAAAGAAUAAAGUUGUGCUUGAUGUGGGUGCUGGCACGGGUAUACUGUCAUUAUUUGCCGCCAGAUCUGGGGCCAGUAAAGUAUACGCAGUUGAAGCGAGUGAUAUAGGUAUUCUGUGUGAAAACAUAGUGAAGGCUAAUAAAUAUGAACGGGUAAUAACAGUGAUUAAAAGUGUCAUGGAAACUGUAGAAUUGCCUGAAAAGGUGGACGUUAUCAUAUCAGAGUGGAUGGGAUUUUACCUGCUUCAUGAAUCAAUGUUAGAAUCUGUGCUGUAUGCGAGAGACAAAUGGUUGAAAGAAGAUGGCAUUAUGUUGCCGUCACAUGCAGCCAUUUAUGCUUGUCCGGUGAACAUGACCGAUUUCUGCAAGGAGAACAUCGACUGCUGGACUGAUGUGUAUGAUUUUGAUUUCACACCGUUAUUCGAGCAGAAAGUUGCGGCUCUUUUGCAGCAACCAACAGUGUCAAAUUUAAGUGAAAAUCAGUUAUUAUCGAAGUGUGAACUUAUGGCACGAUAUGAUAUGAAAAAAAUGGAGGUAACGGAAAUUGAAGAGAUUGAGGAGCAAAUGAGUUUUGUGAUUGAUAAGGAUUCGGAAAUGCACGGAUUUGCGUUGUGGUUUGAUGUUAGGUUCACACCAGACCUUAGUGAAGAGCAGUAUGGGUUGACUUGUAUGGAAAAAUUUAAAUCAGAAAAGGAGGAUGAGGACAAAAAGAAAACUGUUGAAGCCCUGAAUGGGUCGCACAUCUGCCAUGUUACAUUAGACACAUCUCCUUUUGUUCCGGAAACACAUUGGAAACAAACAGUGUGUUUCUUACCAGCUACAAUAUCGGUAAAAAAAUCUGAAACAAUUUAUUGUAGAAUUUCUCUAAGUCAAGAAACCUCUAACAAAAGGCAUUAUAACAUAUCUUUAGAAAUGCUCGAAGAUUUCGAGUCGAGUGGUUCCGAUCUUGAGGAAGAGGAUGAAGAUCAUCCAGUGCCGUGUAAUUGCGGCUCUGGUAGGUGUAAUCUCAUUCUCGCAAUCAUGGAGAAGUAUGACGCUGAGCAGACGGAGCUUGAAAUGGAGGCAGAGUUUACGGAUGUUGCUGCAGAGGUGCAUGCAGCACAGACUUUAGACAAUGACUCCUCAAUUUUAGAAUCUGACGUGUCCACAAAAGAUGAUUCAUGUUCCAACAGCAUGAAGGAAGAUAAAUAAAUCUGGAGUUUCAUUUUUUGUUAGUGUCAGUUUUUAUCAUUAUAUAUUAUUAUUUAUCAGCAGAAAACUUGCCUGUCUAAAACAGUUUCUAAGAUUGUGAUAUUGAAAUGGUUCAAUAUAAUUUUAUUCAUACAUGGAGUAAAUGACCUUUAACUUUUAAGAAGUGCAUUUAUUCAAUAUUGAGUUGGUGAUAGCUAUGUAAAUGAUUGCAUAGUAGAUGUAUUCAAAAAGAAUCAUUUACCUAGUUCAUGAUGAUUUAGAAGAGUAUUUAGUUAGCUCAUGACAUUCAAGAAGAACAUUUAUUAUGUUUAUCAUAUGUUUAACUUUAAGAAAAGCAUUUAUUGAGCUCAUGAUAUACAUGUAUGUACUUUAGAAGAGCAUUCAUUAAAUCCAUAGUUGUUAAGACGAGCAUUUUUUGAGCUUAUGAUAUUUAAGGAGAGCAUUUAUUAUACGAGUUCAUGAUAUUUAAGGAGGGCAUUUAUUGAGUUUGUUUAAUAACAUUAAGGAAAGCAUUUUUUGAGCUCAUGAUAUUUAAGAAGUGGAUUUAUUAAGUUCAUGACAUUUAAGAAGAGCAACAUUUAUUUAGUUCAUGAUAUUUAAGAAGAGCAUUAAUUUAUUAAGUUCAUGAUAUUUAAGAAGAUUAUUAACUUUAAGAAAAGCAUUUAUAGAGCUCAUGAUAUACAUGUACCUAAAAAGUACAUUUAUUGAAUCCAUAGUAUUUAAGAAGAGCAUUUUUUGAGCUUAUGAUAGUUAAGGAGAGCAUUUAUUAUAUGAGUUCAUGAUAUUUAAGGAGAACAUUUAUUGAGUUUGUUUUAUAUUUAGGUAAGCAUUUUUUGAGCUCAUGAUAUUUAAGAAGUGCAUUUAUUAAGUUCAUGACAUUUAAGAGGAGCAUUCAUGACAUUUAAGAAGAACAUUUAUUAAGUUCAUGAUAUUUAAGAAGAGCAUUAAUUUUAUUAAGUUCAUGAUAUUUAAGAAGAUUAUUAAUUAUAUAAGUUCAUGAUAUUUAAAGAGGGCAUGUAUUAAGUUCAUUAUGUAUUUAAGGAGAACAUUUAUUGAGCUCAUGAUAUUUAAAAAGAGCAUUUAUUGGGCAAAUGAUAUUUAAGGAGGGCAUUUAUUGAGUUCAUGAUAUUUAAGAAGAGCAUUUUUUUAGCUCAUUAAAAUACUGUUUGAAAAAGGCAUAGAAUGAAACAAAAAAAAAUUGAGCUCAUGAUAUUUAAGAACAGCAGUUCUUGAGCUUGUUUUAUAUUUAAGAAGAGCAUUUAUUGUGUCAAUGAUAUUUAAAAAGUGCAGUUAUUAAGUUCAUGAUAUUUAAAGAGAGGAUUAAUUAAGUUCAUGAUAUUUAAAAAUAGCAUUCAUUGUGUCAAUGAUAUUUAAGAAGAGCAUUUAUUGUGUCAAUGAUAUUUAAUAAGAGCAUUUAUUAAGUUCAUGAUAUUUAAGAAGAGGAUUUAUUAAGCUCAUGAUAUUUAAGAAGAGUAUUAAAUAAGUUCAUAAUGUUUAAGAAGUGCGUUCAAGAUAUUAAUAAAGAGCAUUUAUUAAGUUCAUGAUAUUUAAGAAGUGCAUUUAUUAAGUUCAUGAUAUUUAAGAAGUGCAUUUGACUGAUUACUACGUAGGAAUUCUUAUUUUAUUGCACUCUUUUCUAAGAUUUUUUCUCUUCUAUUAGAAUUAUUUUCUAAUUUUCUUCUGGAUUCAACAUGCUGCAUGGUAAUAAAUCGUAGAUUUUUGUAGGACUUGGACAUUUGCAUUCAUUUCAAAAGAGAUUAAUUUACUAAAAUUUUGUUCCAACAAUUUGAUUCAUAUAAAAAUCUGAGUGGUUAAGGCCUUCAACUUCAAACCACUUGCUAGCUACCUUCAAAGCACUUGCUCCUUUAGUCCUUACUAGGGUGGUUUCCAAUCUAGGCACGUACUUUGGAUUGUUUAAUGUGAAGAUACUGAACUGCUACAUGUAACUUACUGAACAUUGGUGGUUCUACUCAGGUGCCUGUUGGUGCCUGAAAUAAUGCACAGAAGGGCACUUGAGGUCUUCUUCCACUAGUAAAGCUGGAAAGUAGCAACAUAACCUAUAAAUACUGUGUUGGUAAGACAUGAAACCCAACCAAUCAAAGCAAAUAAUCACUUAACAUGAAUUGUGCAAAUGGGUCAAAUUUCAUAGUAUAACAACAUUUGCAACAUCCCUCCCUACAAACUCUGAAUUUAUAUUUAUUUUGAAACUCUUCAUGUUUUUACUUAUGGCACAUUACUAGUUAUUAAAGAUGUUUAUGCUAGGGGAAUAAUUAUAUGGAAAACUCUUUGCCAAAAAAUAAAGAUAAUGAUAUUAAUGAUUAUGUUUAAAGCUACAAUAAUUGAUUUCAUGAAAGAGAAACUUAUUACCAAUAACCAAUAAUAAUUAUUAGUCCCCUACCGGUUUACCGGAGGGGACUUUAGGUUUACCCUCCGUCCGUCUGUCCGUCCGUCCGUCCGUCUGUCUGUCAGUCCGUCAGUCCGUCCGUCCACCAAACUGUAUCCCGCGAUAACUUGAAAAGAACUGAAAAUAUUUUUAUGAAACUUGAUAUAUGGAUAGAUGGCAGUAUGGAGAUUAUGCACGUCUUUUUCUUUUCUUCCUAUGUUGAAAAUUCUGGUUGCUAUGGCAACAAAUAGGCUAAAUUUAUGGCAAAUUUUACACAUAAACUGGAUCCAGUGAUAACGCAAAAAGUACUGGAAAUAUUUUUAUGAAACUUAAAAUAUGGGUAGAUGGUAGUCUGGAGAUUAUGCACGUCUUUUUCUUUUCUUCCUAUAUUGAAAUUCUGGUUGCUAUGGCAACAAAUAGACUGAAAAUAUGGCAAUUUUUACACAUAAACUGGAUCCAGUGUUAACGCAAAAAGUAAUAGAAGUAUUUUUAUGAAACUUGUAAUAUGUGUAGAUGGCAGUCUGGAGAUUAUGCACAUCUUUUUCUUUGUAAAUUCUGGUUGCUAUGGCAACACAUAGACUGAAAAUAUGGCAAAUUUUACACAUAAACUGAAUCCAGUGAUAACUUAAAAAGUACUGGAAAUAUUUUUAUGAAACUUGACAUAUGGGUAGAUGGCAGUCUUGUGAUUAUGCAUCUCUUAUCUGUUCUUCUUAUUUUGAAAAAAUAUUGGUUGCCUUGGCAACAAAUAGGCUUAAAACAUGGCAAAUAUAACAAUAUUUGUGAUGAGUCAAAAAGAGCUGAAAAUUUUUAUGAAAUUGCAUCUUUAAUUCCAGAGUUAUCUCCUCUUUAAGAAUUUUGCUUUUUAAAUUGUUAUAUUUUGGUAACGGAUGUUUCAAAUAUUAAAUUUAGAGUGUCCUUCAGUCUGUCUGUCUUUUUAACAAAACUGUUUCCUGUGAUCACUUUUAAAGAAAUUUUCCAACAAAUUUACUAUAAAAACAUCAGUGAAUGGCCAAUGGCCCUUCAGAAUGUUGAUGGGGUUCCAUCCGGUAGGGGACUUAUGGAUUGCUUGCAAUACUAUGAUAAUUGCUUGUUCUACAUUGUAUUUACAAAUUUGUAAACAAUUGUUAAAGCUGGUAAAAUAGUUACUGUGAAUGGUACCUUAAUGUCAUAAAGAAUAUAUCUUUAAACCAGGA